AAACUGAGAAGUGCAGAUUUAUGUUCAUUUUGCAGGGGAGGACAUCACAUCUCUAAGGGAGUUCCAAGUUCUGGUGACGGGAUUUUUCUUUUGCCAAGGGAACAGAUUAAUCAAAUACUAGAAUGAAUGAAGAUUAAAGGCAUCUGACAAGGUAAAAUAAAAACCUAGAAAUCCGCAAUGAGCCAAUUUGGGGGAGACUUCAAACAGUACGACCUUCAGGUUGAUGUGGAUGAGCUGGAAAUGGGCAAGAAGCCAGAUAUCCAUGAUGGAGAAACAUUAGAACAAAAUGUAAUUCCCUUCAGUGCAAUAUAUACUUUUCUUCCAUUCAAGUCACCAGAAUGCAGAAUCUUCCUAGAGAAUGUCCCCAUUUUUGUACGUGUAACAGAUGUAGAAAGAUUUACUUCGAGUGCAAGGGUUUUUAAUCCAAACCUCUACACAGUUGAGCUGACCCAUGGAGACUUUACUUGGAAAAUUAAACGACGUUUCAAACAUUUCCAGGCACUACACCAAGAUCUUCUUAAAUUCAAAGCAUUACUUAAAAUACCCCUACCAACUAGAAACCAUACAGUGAGGAGACAAUCUUUUAUAGGUCAAAAAAGGAGCUAUCAAGGUGGGCAUAUACCUACAUUACCGAGAAGACCAGAUGCCAUGGUGAAGGAAGAGCAGCUGGCCAGCAGAAAAAUGCAGUUAGAAGACUACCUGAAGAAUCUGCUGAAAAAAACAAUUUACCGUAAUCAUCCUGCUGCCCUUGAGUUCCUGGAAGUGAGCCAAAUGUCUUUUAUUCAAGACCUAGGACCAAAAGGGAUAGAAGGCCCGAUACUGAAGAAAUCUGGGGGGAAUAAAAUUCCUGUUUGCUAUUGCUGUGGUUCCAAUAGCAUCUGCUAUAGAUGGUCAAAAAGAUGGCUGAUUGUCAAAGACUCCUUUAUUGCUUACGUGAGACCUGAGAAUGGUCAGGUUGGUGCUGUAAUUCUCUAUGACAAGGGAUUUUUCAUUAAAAUUGGAACUAAAGAAACAAAUAUUAAGCAUGGAGUGACUAUUGAGAAUCUUUCAAGGGUGCUUGCUAUCAAAUGUCCAACCUACAGGCAAGCAAGAUGGUGGGGACAGUGCAUUCAUGAGUUUGCACACAAUCAUGGUAAGGAUUUUAUGAAGGAAAACAGACAUGGAUCAUUUGUUCCUAUCAGAGAAAACACGUUGGCGCACUGGUUUGUUAAUGCUGCUGGCUACUUUGAUAUGGUUGCUAAUGCUCUUGAAGUGGCAAAAGAAGAAAUAUUUAUCACCGAUUGGUGGUUAAGUCCAGAGAUCUUCCUUAAGAGGCCAGUGGUGGAUGGAAAUGCCUGGAGGCUAGACUGUGUUCUAAAACGCAAAGCUGAACAGGGUGUACGGAUAUUUGUUCUUUUGUAUAAAGAAGUCGAAGUUGUUCUUGGUCUCAAUAGUGAAUACACUAAGAAAACCCUCAUGGGACUUCAUCCUCAUAUUAAGGUAAUCCGACACCCUGAUCAUGUGCCAUCAACAGCAUUACUGUGGGCUCACCAUGAGAAAACAGUCAUAAUUGACCAGUCAAUCGCUUUUCUUGGAGGCAUUGACCUUGCUUAUGGCAGAUGGGAUGAUCAUCAGCAUCGUCUCACUGAUGUUGGCAGUGUUCGGAGAAGUCCACAGCCCAGUCCUGUACUCUCGCCUAAACUUACCAGGCAAUCAGCAGUUAUAGUUGAAGAAGAAGAAGGAAGACUUGAUGCUGAGAGCAACUAUGAACUCAAAGAUCUAGUGAGAUGGAACAACACAAAAAGAUCUGAUAGAAUCACAAGAGACAAUGACAAAUCCUUGAAAGAAGAAAGCUGCAAUCAUAAUCUACAGAGACACAAGCUUCAAACCAAGCAUUCUGAAGAAAACAGUACAGAAGAGAAUUAUAGUUUUAGCUCCAGCAUUCCUGAAUCUAAUCCUUGCAGCUCUGGUAAAUCACAUCAGCAAGAAUUUCGCACUAAGAGCCUUUCUUACCUAUCCAGUGACUCGGGUUCCUUUCAAACUCAGUGUUCAUUGACUUAUAACAGCUCCAUACGAAGUCAUAUAAGCAACAAGGAGUUGUUUGGGGAGGCAAGGAUCUGGCAUGGCAAAGAUUAUUGUAACUUCAUUCUGAAAGACUGGGUGGAACUGAAUAAACCUUUUGAUGAUUUUAUUGAUAGGUAUAAAACUCCACGAAUGCCAUGGCAUGACAUUGGGGUGGUGGUACAUGGCAAAGCAGCCAGAGAUGUUGCAAGGCAUUUUAUUCAGCGCUGGAACUUCACCAAGCUGGCAAAAAAGCGCUCUGGAGCAGCAGGUCAUCCUUUUCUACUGCCGAAGAGUCUUUCUGCCCCUUUGACCUUUCCACUUGAGAUCAGCAAGUUCACCCAAGCAAAUGUGCAGGUGCUGAGAUCAGUUGGUCAGUGGUCAGUUGGCACAAAAACACAUGAGGAAUCGAUACACCUAGCAUAUAUCUCAGCUAUUAAGAAGAGCAAGUAUUUUAUUUACAUAGAGAAUCAGUUUUUCAUCAGUUGUGCAGAUAAAACAAUUCAUAAUGGCAUUGGAGAUGUACUCGUUGAAAGGAUCCUGCAAGCAUACAGAGAAAAGAAGAGGUUCCGUGUCUAUGUCGUGUUGCCACUAUUGCCUGGUUUUGAGGGAGAUAUCUCGACAGGUGGAGGACAAGCUAUCAAGGCUGUAAUGCAUUUUAAUUACAGGUCAAUGUGCAGAGGAGAAAAUUCAAUCAUUGAGAGGCUCAAAAGUGUGAUGGCAGAUUUUUGGAUAAACUACAUCUCAUUCUGUGGCCUGAGAACUCAUGCCGAAUUGGAUGGCAAGCUAGUUACGGAAUUGAUCUACGUACACAGCAAACUGAUGAUUGUGGAUGACAACACUGUCAUAAUUGGGUCUGCCAACAUCAAUGAUAGAAGCAUGCUGGGAAAGAGAGAUAGCGAGAUAGCUGUCAUAGUGGAAGACACAGAAUUUGUGCCCUCUGUAAUGGAUGGCAAAGAUUACAAAGCUGGACGAUUUGCUCUUUCACUAAGACUCAAGUGCUUCAGGUUGGUUUUAGGAUUACUUGAAGAUUUUUGUGUGGAUGUAAGUGAUCCCGUUUGUGACAGAUUUUAUAAGGAGAUCUGGAUGGUUACUGCUGCAAGGAACGCUAGUGUCUAUGAUAAGGUUUUCAGAUGCGUCCCUACUGAUGCUGUUCUCAACAAUAAAAUACUGCGGGAGUACAUGUCUCGGCCUUCAAUGGCAGCUGAAGACCCACUACAAGCUUUUGAGGAGCUGAGAAAAAUCCGUGGCUUUCUGGUCCAGUUUCCCUUUUCCUUUCUGUCAGAGGAGAACCUCUUCCCUUCAAUAAACUCUAAAGAAGGCAUGAUGCCUGUUGAACUUUGGACUUAAGUGCGUCUUUAAAUAACUAACAGCACUCCAACUUGCACAGUUGUUGUGUUACUUUGUAAGUGUGUGCUUAGUCUCCAUAUGACAAUAUUUGAAGGGUGAAGGCAAACAAAGACACCAUUGUAUCUCCAAAGGAACCAAAUAUGUAAACAUUUACAAAUAAGAUUAUGUUACAUGCAUUAUGUAGCAAUAUGUUGGGGUCACUAGGCACGUAGCUGUUUACCAGUUCUUAUUUGAAUACAAGGGGAUACAAACCAAACUUAUUCAUCAGUUCUGCUGCGUUGUUUUUGCAGUAUCAGAACUCUUGAAUUCCAUUGUCGUGUCAUGUUUUUCAAAUCUGAAUGUAUUGCAUUUCAUAAUAAUAAAAAACAAACAUGCAUUAUGUCAUGUCAUGUC